AGAGGAGCAGAAGGGAGCCGGGACGAAGGUGGGUGGCAGCAGGAGGUCAGGAUGGCCCUGGCAGACCCCGCGGGCUGUGCCAAACCCAGCGAGGACUUCUCCUUCCCGGAGAUCAUCGAGCUCAACGUGGGCGGGCAAGUCUACAUCACCCGUCACCCCACCCUGGUCAGCGUGCCUGGAUCCCUCCUCUGGGAGAUGUUCACCCAGAAGAACGCCCGUACCCUGGCCCGGGACAGCAAGGGCCGUUUCUUUGUGGACCGGGACGGGUUCCUCUUCCGUUACAUCCUGGAUUACAUGAGGGACCAGCAGCUGGUGCUGCCCGAACACUUCCCGGAGCGGAGCCGCCUGCAGCGAGAGGCCGAGUACUUCAUGCUGCCCGAGCUGGUGAAGCUGCUGAGCCCCAAGCUCAGCAAACAGAACUCCCUGGGGGACGAUCCCUGCCAAAGCGACCCCGAGGAGCUCUCGCCCAGCGCCGAGCCCGCCCGCAACCUCGCCUCUGCCUCCCUCCCUGCCGCCGGCCCUGGAGGUGCCACCGCCACGGCCACCACCGGCGGGGCCACCGGCGGGGAUGCCCGCAGGGCGGGGUUCAUCACCAUCGGCUACCGGGGCUCCUACACCCUGGGCAGGGACAGCCAGACGGACGCCAAGUUCCGGCGGGUGGCACGGAUCAUGGUCUGCGGGAAGACCUCGCUGGCCAAGGAGGUCUUUGGGGACACCUUGAACGAGAGCAGGGACCCAGACAGGCCCCCGGAGAGGUACACCUCCAGGUACUACCUCAAAUUCACCUUCCUGGAGCAAGCCUUUGACAAACUGGCCGAUGCUGGCUUCCACAUGGUGGCUUGCAACUCCACGGGCACCUGUGCCUUCGCCCACGAGCAGACAGAUGACAGGAUCUGGACCUCUUACACCGAAUAUGUUUUCUAUCGUGAGUGACACCAAAAAAAAAAAAAACAAAAAAAACCCAAACCAAACCACCCCCAACAAACUGAACACCACUUCUCCCUUCCCUCUCCUGUGCUGGCUGUUGCCUAGAAGGUAGAGAUCCACCCCCAAGUCCCAGCGUCCCCUCUCUGACCUCCUUUUGAGUUUGUUCUUGGGUUUUUUCUCCCUCUCCUUCCUCCACGUUGAACCCCUUCGGCUCGUCCUUGUAGCAGCUGCUGACCACCAACCUUCUUCCCAACUCCUGCUGUAGCCACCCGUAGCUCCCAGCCCUCCCUGGAUGUGUGGACUUGGACACUGUUGGUUUGGGUGGGAGGGUGGGAUGGAUGCAUGCAGCAGACUGAGCUCCGGGCUGGAACCCCUGCACUUGGACAACCUUGUCCUUCUUGGACGUUGAACUUGACUCUGGUGCUCUGUAGCUCCCCAGGAAGGUUCCUCCUACCCAAAAAAAAAAAAAAAAAAAAAAAAAAAAAGGGGGGGUAGGAGGGAGCAAGCGUUGGUUUAAGGACACAGAGAAAGGGUGGAGGGGGGCAGGAUGGAGCCCAGCAGCAGGGCUGUGAUGCUAUCAGCCCAUGUAAGCAGCUUAGAGCUGGGCUGCCAGGGCUGGGGAAGAUCAGAUCAAGGCUCCCCCCGUGCCUGCAGAGCUGAUCCCAAACCUCACUGCUGCUCGGGGGGGGGUUGGCUUUUAUUGUGUGGGGGGGAGGUGGCUGGGCAGCUGCUCUGCUCAUGCAUCCACAGUGGGAGGGGGGGGUGGGGAAGGCUUUAUGUGCUUGUAGGGUGUCAAAUGCUUCUACAGCUCUCCAAAAAGCUGGGGGGGAAAAAAAAAAAAAAGGACUUUCCCCUUUUCUUUGGAGUCUGGGGGCUUCAGAGGAGUGGGGUUGGGACCCUCUCGUGUGGGCUCCACCACCACGGCUUCCCGGAUCCAAGGGAAUCUUUUCCUGGGUGUGAGAACCUUUGUGCCCUUCUGGUGAUCUC